UAUCUCUCUUUUUUUCUUGAAAUCACACUGACCUCACUUCAGUUCCACAAAAUCUCCACCACCGGUGAGUCUACCUUGUCUCUCCUUCACCGAUGACGCUUGCCCCUCCUCUGCCUUUUGCCCCUCCUCCUUAUUUAACUCUGCCCGCUUUCAGCUCCCGGUAAGGAGCUUGGUUUCACUACAUUUAACUACUUUACCAUUGGAUCUGACCUUCUUUUUCUUCUUUCUCUUUAGAUUUCUACAAACCAAAAUCUUUGUACAAACUUCAUAAUGGGUGUCCUUGAGCAACUUAACCGCAAGUCCGGUGUCAUCGUCGGUGACGAUGUCCUCCGUCUCUUCGAGUACGCUAAGCAGAACGGCUUUGCCAUUCCUGCUAUCAACGUCACCUCCUCUUCCACUGUUGUCGCUUCCCUCGAGGCUGCUCGUGACCAGAAGUGCCCCGUUAUCCUGCAGGUCUCCCAGGGUGGUGCCGCUUUCUUCGCUGGUAAGGGUGUGAGCAACGAGGGCCAGAAGGCCUCCAUUGCUGGCUCCGUCGCCGCUGCCCACUACAUCCGUAGCGUGGCCACCGCCUAUGACAUCCCCGUCAUCCUUCACACCGAUCACUGCGCCAAGAAGCUCCUUCCUUGGCUUGAUGGUAUGCUCGAUGCCGAUGAGGCUUACUUCAAGCUGCACAACGAGCCCCUCUUCUCCUCCCACAUGAUUGAUCUGUCCGAGGAGCCCGUCGACUACAACAUCAACACCACCGCCGCCUACCUUAAGCGUGCUGCCCCCAUGAAGCAGUGGCUCGAGAUGGAGAUCGGUAUCACCGGUGGUGAGGAGGACGGUGUCAACAACGAGGAUGUUGACAACAACUCCCUCUACACCCAGCCCGAGGACAUCCUGGCCAUCCAGAACACCCUCGCCGCCAUCAGCCCCUACUUCUCCAUUGCCGCUGGCUUCGGUAACGUCCACGGUGUCUACAAGCCCGGCAACGUCAAGCUCCACCCCGAGCUCCUCUCCAAGCACCAGAAGUACGUCAAGGAGCAGACCGGUUCUUCCUCCGACAAGCCCGUCUUCUUCGUCUUCCACGGUGGUUCCGGCUCUUCCAAGGAGGAGUUCAAGGAGGCCAUUAGCUACGGUGUCGUCAAGGUCAACGUCGACACUGACAUGCAGUUCGCCUACCUCGCCGGUGUCCGUGACUUCGUCCUCAGCAAGAAGGACUACCUCAUGACCCAGGUCGGUAACCCCGACGGUGCUGAUAAGCCCAACAAGAAGGCCUUCGAUCCCCGCGUCUGGGUUCGCGAGGGUGAGAAGACCAUGAGCGUGCGUGUUAAGGAGGCCCUCGCGGACUUCAACACUGCUGGUCAGCUGUAAAUGUUGACGUCUAUGUGAUGUCGCAUGUUUGAUUCCCUUUUUUUUACCCCUUUUGAUUACCCUCAUAUCCUCUCUUCAUGCGGCCGAAAAAGCGUUGGGCGUGCCUGGGGAUGUGGGCGUCCCGGUUGUAUGUAGCGUUGUAUUUUGACACGCUGUAAUGAAUGUCCAUAUCACGGUCCUUAUGACCGCUCCUCUGGAAUAUGAACUGUAACGUUCUGUUUGAUAA